GUUUGCAUGUAUAUGCUUACAUGGCUUUUAUUUUUGGGCUAAACAAAUGUUAUCAUUGUAGAAAUGUGAUCAUUACUGAUGGUUAUGCUGUAUCCUUUAUAUUUAAGAAAACUGUCGCAAUCCAUGAUGAACCUAGAAGAGAACCAGAGACGCCCAAGGAUUUUGCUGAUAUAUAUUAGUGAAUUACCUACUUUAA